AUGAAUGUGGCAUCUGCAGAACUGGAGGGGAGGAGAAUUUCUUUCACUGUAACAGAUGCGUUUCUCUUUGAGACCACAAAAGACAUUACUGUCUUGCCUUGUGGGCACACCAUUCAUUUGGAAUGUGUUAAAGAGAUGGAGCAGCAUUUUCAGUAUGCAUGCCCUGUUUGCUCAAAAUCAUAUUGCGAUAUGUCUCGUGUGUGGCAAAAACUUGAUCAACAGGUAGCUUUGACUCCCAUGCCUCCAACAUAUCUGAAUAAGAUGGUUUGGAUUCUUUGUAAUGAUUGUGGAGAAACUUCGGAAGUAAAUUUCCAUAUUGUAGCGCACAAGUGCCUAAAAUGCAAUUCAUACAAUACAAGGCAGACACGUGGAGGGCCUUCUUCAUGCUCAUCAAGUAUCGAAGAGAUGACGAAAUGA